UCCGAGACCUACACUUUCUCCACACGCAGCUACUUCUCUGGGCUCCACUCGCCGUCUUCUGGCUGAUUCUCAACGGUGUACGAUACCGCUCUGGAACGCAGCAUCAGGAUUGCGCUUGGACAUUCCCGGCCCUGAGGGAGGACCCCUCUUCGCGAUGCUCUAUCGGUAAGUUCCUCGAACAACCGCGCCCGUAUAUCUAUGCGACCCUUUCUGCGGUCAUCGCUGUUCCUACGAUCGCAUUAUCGCCGCCAGCCAAAGAAGCUCAAGUGCGUCGCAUUCUAUAUCCACUUCGUCAUCAUGUUGGCCAUCUAUUGCCUGGCGUCGUUCUCCGGGUACACAACCUUCUCGGAGGUCUACUUCGCUCCUUUUCAUUGGAACUCGCCCGCGCGGCCGGUGUGGCUCUGGUUUCUGACCGAGCGCGCAUUCUGGAGCUGGUCAUACUUGGGAACAUAUGAGGACUAUCACUUCCGCCAGGAGUCGCGAACCGUGGUCGACGAGAUAGGGACACCGCUAUGGACAUUCACCUGCGAGACACGUUAUUUUCCUUGUUUUACUCUAUCCCAGCGACCUUCAGAGUGCUUCGGUGAUUUAUUCCGUUUCCGAGUUUUCCGCACUCAUUGUAGACAUGUUGAGGUUGGAGCCUUUACCCCGUCGAAAUUCUUUCCAAAGCAGUCACAAAACCCACACGCAUCAACCGGUCGGGUAAUGCCUCCCUGCUCGUCAAACAUUAUAUUCUCCUUCUCCGCCCCAAGUCAUUCUCUCUUCCGCAUAUCUAAACAGCUCCGUUCCCCCAUCUCCCCUCCUACUACACACCUCAGCGCAAAUCCCUGUGCACAGCGAUGCACCGCCAUACCAUGCGAGCACCACCCUCCCUAGAACCCCCACGACAGCUACAUCAACCUCCCACUGUGCGACCAACCCUGCGAGGACGACGAGACUCCGCGGCGAAACGGCAUCAGCCCCUCCACUGAGAACUUCCCCCGUUACAAUUUCUUCUCUAGUUCCCUCCCGCCGGUAGUCCUCUGGCUUCGUUACUGCUGCUUACCGCAUCAAGCUUGCCUUGCCGG